AUGGACGAUGGUGUGGGGAACGACUAUGGAAGUCGCUGGCUACAUGCUCUGAGAAAACUCAGACAACCCUGUGGAGAAGCCCAUGUGGAGAGGAACCAAGGACCCAGCCAAUACUCUCUGAUCCAAGCAGGCAGGCCGCAUUUGGAAAUGGGUCCUCUAGCCCAGUUGAACCACCACAGCUAUGUUGUAGAAGCAGACUGUGACUGCGCACCCUACUUUAAGGGUGCAGCCGUUGUCAACAGGGAGUUCAAAGAACUGAGCCUUGAUGGCUUCAAGGGGAAAUAUUUGGUGCUUUUCUUUUAUCCUUUGGAUUUCACCUUUGUGGGUCCCAUGGAAAGUAUUGCUUUUAAUGACAAAGCCAAUGACUUCCAUGACGUGGACGAUGAAGUUGUUGCCAUUUCCGUGGAUUCCCACUUCAGCCACCUCGCCUGGACCAACACACCAAGGAAGAACGGCAGUUUGGGCCACAUGAACAUUGCACUAUUGUCAGAUUUGACUAAACAGAUUUCCAGAGUCUACGGUGUGCUGUUAGAAGGUCCUGGUCUUGCACUAAGUGGUCUCUUCAUCAUUGACCCCAAUGGAGUCAUCAAGCACCUGAGUGUCAAAGACCUCCCAGUGGGCCGCAAUGUGGAGGAGACCCUCCGCCUGGUAAAGGCAUUCCAGUUCGUGGAAGUCCACAGAGAAGUCUGCCCAGCCAACUGGAUUCCCGACUCUCCUACGUUCAAGCCACAUCCAACUGCUUUCAAAGAAUACUUUGAGAAGGUAAAUCCGUAG